AUGGCUUCUCAGACCCUCGAUGCUAUACUGGUAGUUGGUCCUACGGGCUCCAUCGGCAAAGUUCUAUGCCGGUCGUUGAUUUCCCGAAAAUCUGAUUUCAAACGCAUUGCCUUCUUCAACGACACAUCUAGGCCAGAGACAGAAGAGAAACGGGCGCUAUUCGACAUGUUCCGCAAUGGUGGGAUGGAGCAAGUCUCUGGGCAAUACAAAGAUACAGAGCCAUUCGUUGGCUUUGACUGUGUCUUGAUGCCUUUGGGAAACCAUGCCAUUAAAUUCCAGCCCAUCAUCAUCGAUUCGGCCAUCACGGCUGGAGUACGCCAUUUCUAUACAAGUGAAUGGGGAGCGGACCUCAGCGUGGGAUCAAACUGGACGCAGCGUUACUAUAGAGACAAAGUCAUCACAAGAGAGCACUUGGAGAAGCGUGGCCGCGAAACGGAUACUCCAGAUCUCGGCUGGACCUACAUACAACUGGGACGUCUCACAGAAUGGAGCAUUAUCAAGCAUUUUGGAAUCGACAAUACAAACCACGUUGCCAACAUUUACGGAACUCCUGAAGGACGACAGUCGUUACUUCCGACUAAAGAUGCCGUUGCGUACACGAUGGAGACCCUCAAGCACCCAUUCUCAACUACCAACAACGGCCACAGACGCACAUAUCGCUUCCAUGGCUCCUCUCCCACCUGGGAUGAAAUCUUCAGUGACCUAGAGGCAAUUACUGGUCAUAAAUACACAGUCACUUACCAUGAUGUGGAAACGGCUGUGGAAAAGGAAGCCCGAGCAAAACGACUCAACGACGUUGAACUGGAACUAGAGGCUAGCCAUCAGUUGAUCCAAGGAAGAGGCGGAACUCUUUUGCCAGAGCCAUUUGAUAAUGCUCUUUUCCCAGAUAUUCACCCAGAGUCGGUUCACUCGGUCUUUGAAAGAGUCUUUCAGGACCCGGAAACGAGAAAAUUCGUUGGUGCUCCCUGA